CAAGACCGAAAACCCUCAUCAGAUUCUCCUUCUGAAUAACUUAUUUUUCUUUUUCCGGCGAAGAACUCCGGUCAUGGCUUGCACGGAGGAACCCAUUCUCUCUCGACUGGACCGCCUCGAUAACGUGUUGAGGCACUUGGAGGAAAUUAGAGGAUGUAACAGGUGUUCAAAGAGCUCGUAUGAAUCAGCAACAUCAAGUGGGCCCUUAACGAGUGAUGGAGGCAACUCCUCCGUCGAUUUCUCCCCCAAGAGCCUAGAGAAGCACUGCCGUCCCAUUGAGCAUGUCAUGAUGGAGACGGAAGCCAAGGGUAGUCUCAUCGAACGUAUGGACCAUGUGGAAGACCGUCUACUAAAGCUGUGCUUGCAGUUGGAGGUAGCGAAGGAGAAGGAGAAGGAAGAUGAAAAGUCUGAGAAGAAGCCCCACAAGAAGGGAUUGAAGCAACUGGUCAAAUCAUGUGUAAAAAGAAAGCCCAAAACCAAGCACUGAUGACAUGCUGCUAUGUAAUUUUGUUGUAUCACUUUUUAAAGGCUAAUGUACAUGGGUUUGAUAUA